GGGGGCUCCGGGGCCCGCAGGGGGGCCGUGGAGGGUUGGGGAGGGGGCGCAGGGACCCCCUGGGGGCUCCGGGGACCCAUUGGUGACACCGGGAUCGGGGGGAUCCCCGGGGAGCGACAGAGAGUCUGAGGAGCAACCGGGACCGCGGGGAGCCGUGGGGACCCCCGGGAUCCAUAGGGACCCCCAGGAGCGUUCAGGUGCUGUGAGAACCCGCCGGGACCCCCGGCAGUGACGGGACCUAUAGGGCACCUAUAGGAUCCAUAAGGGACCACGUGAGGUGUGAGGACCCCCCCAGGACCCCCUGGAACCCCCCCCGGGGGGGCUGCACGGGGACCCCCAGAGCUGUCAGACCUCACCGGCAGCACCUGCAGGGCUCAGGUGACCCCAGUGACCCCCCCCAGGAUAUAAAAAGGGACCCCAUGGGGACCCCCUGGCACCCAUAGACCCCCCCCCCGGGCACCCAUAGGACCCCCCCCGGGCACUCACAGGGGCUCCCCAAGCCCCCCGAGCAGCUUCAGGACCCCCCCAAAGCCCACCCCCAGCGGGCCGGAGCUGGGGGAGGGGGGGUCGCACCCCAUGGAGUGGGGCCGGGCAUCCCCCCCCUCCCCAUCCUCCCCCCCGGCGGGGUCUCACUCCCCCUCCCCUCCCCUUUCCCCAUCCCCCCCCCUGUCCCCCCUCUUCCCACGGCGCUCCCCUUUCCCCCCCUCCCCCAGAGGGGGGUCCCGCUCCCCCUCCCCAUCCCCGGGGGGCUCCCGUUCGCCGUCCCCUCCCUCCCCGGGUGGGUCCCGCUCUCCCUCCCCGCCAUCCCCGGGCGGUUCCCGUUCCCCGUCCCCACCGGGCGGUUGGGAACCGGCCCGGGCGGCUUUCGGGGAGCUGCGGCUGGAGGAGGUGAUCGGGGCCGGGGGCUUCGGCCGCGUUUUCCGGGGCACCUGGCGGGGCCAGGUGGUGGCGGUGAAGGCGGCGCGGGGCGACGCGGGGGCGGCGGGGGCGGCCAGCCUGCGGCGGGAGGCGCGGCUCUACGCCCGCCUGCGACACCCCAACGUGGUGGCGCUGCGGGCCGUGUGCCUGGAGCCCCCCCACCUGUGCCUGGUGAUGGAGUUCGCGGCGGGGGGGCCGCUCUCCAGGGCCCUGGCCGGACGGAGGGUCCCCCCCGCCGUCCUGCUGGACUGGGCUCGCCAGGUGGCGCGGGGGAUGCGCUACCUGCACAGCGGGACCCCCGUGCCGCUCAUCCACCGAGACCUCAAGUCCAGCAAUGUUCUGCUGGCCCAGCCCGUGGUGGGUGACGAUGUGAGCGGGAAGACGCUGAAGAUCACCGACUUCGGGCUGGCCCGCGAGUGGCAGCGAACCACCAAGAUGAGCGCGGCCGGCACCUACGCCUGGAUGGCCCCCGAGGUGAUCCGGGCAUCCACCUUCUCCAAGGGCAGCGACGUCUGGAGUUACGGGGUGCUGCUGUGGGAGCUGCUGACCGGGGAGGUGCCGUACCGGGGCAUCGACGGGCUGGCCGUGGCCUACGGGGUGGCCGUCAACAAACUGACCCUGCCCAUCCCGUCCACCUGCCCCCCGCCCUUCGCCCAGCUCAUGGCAGCCUGCUGGGAGCAGGACCCCCACCGGCGGCCGGGCUUCGGGACCAUCCUGCGGCGCCUGGGGGGGCUGGAGCCGGGGGGGCUGGGGCCCCCCGAGUCCUUCCACUCCCUGCAGGAGUCCUGGCGCCGCGAGAUCCAGGGGCUCUUCGAUGAGCUGAGGGCGAGGGAGAAGGAGCUGCGCAGCCGGGAGGAGGCCGUGGCCAGGACCUCGCGGGCCCAGCGCUCCCAGGCCGAGGCGCUGCGGCAGCGCGAGGCCGCCGUGGCCCGCCGGGAGCUCGAGGUGCUGGAACGGGAGCUCAGCCUCAUGCUCAGGGGACCCCCCCGGCCCCCCCCGGCCCCCAAGAGACGCCGACCCCCCUUCCGGAGGCCACGGAAACCGGCGGAUCUCAUUGGGAUGCCCCAGGAUUUCAAGCACCGCCUGACGGUCCAGGCCUCACCUGGGGGGGACCCCCGGAACCACGACCCCGAGGAUGGGCCGGGGGAAUCCCCCCCCUUCCCCCGCCUGCGCGCCAUCCAGCUGGAGCCCGAGGAGGAGGAGGAGCCGCCGCGGGGCCGCGGGGGGCGGGGCAGUGCCCCCAAUGGCAGGCGCCGCCUGCGCCCGGACGAGACCACCUGGUACCUGGACACGGAGGAGCUGAGCCCGGGGGACGCGUCCCCCAACGGCGAGGCCGGGCCCCCAGAGGCCGAGGAGGGUCGGGGGUCUCGGGGAGGGACCCCCCGGCUGCUGCGGCGGGCGCUGCUGAAGGGCUCGGCCCUGCUGGCGUCGCUGGGGCUGGGCCGGGAGCUGGCGCCCCCCGAGUCCCCCCGCAGCCCCCCGCCCUCCCCCGGCCUCCUGCGCCUGUCCCCGCGCCGCUGGGAGCGCACCCUGGGGUCCCCCGAGUCACCCGGGACCCCCGAGACCGGCCGUGCCUGGAGCCCCGGGACCCCUGAGCCGAGCCAAGCCCGGAGCCCCGGAUCCCCCGACCCCAGCGGGCUCCGGACCCCCGGGACCCCCAGGACCCCUGAGCCGAGCCGAGCGCGGACUCCCGGAUCCCCCGAUCCCAGCGGAGUCCGGACCCCCGGGACCCCCGGGACCCCCGAGCAGGGGCGAGCCCGGACCCCCGGGUCCCCGGACCCGAGUGGAAUCCGGACCCCCGGGACCCCCAGGACCCCCGGGACCCCCGAGCAGAGGCCAGCCCGGACCCCCAGGACCCUGGAGCUGAAUUGGUCCUGGACUCCCGAGCAAGGAGGGGCCAGGACCCCCGGGACCCCCGGGACCCCCGAGCAGGGCCGUGCCCGGACCCCCGGGACCCCCGGCACCCCUGAGCCACGUCGUGCCCGGACCCCCGGGACCCCCGAGCUGGGGUUGCAGCCAUCACCCCGGGGGGCUCGGAGACCCCGAGAGCUGAGCCCAGCUGGGACCCCCGAGUGGGGCCCCGCCCGGCCCCGCCCCUCCCCGCUCCGCCCCCGCAUCGACCCGUGGAGCUUCGUGUCCGCGGGGCCGCGCCGGGCCCCGCCCCCCGCCGAGCCCCGCCCCCGAGACCCCUUCACCGACCAAUGAGAGAGCCCGCCGCGCCUUCGACCCGCCCCCGCCACCCUCCGGUGACCAAUGAGCGGCCGCGAUGGACGGAUUGACAGCAGCAAGCCUCGCCCGUCUCGCAGACCACGCCCCACCGGCUGUGAUUGACAUCUGCGAAGGCGGAAGCCCCGCCCAAGCUGGCGCGCCAUUGGUCAAAGCAAAGGGCAUUACAAAGGCCCCGCCCCUCCCGGGCGGGGCCAUACGGCAGGAAACCACGCCUCCUUCUUGGGGCAAAGCAGGAAGCUCCGCCCUGAUUGGUGGGCGCGCUGAGGCCCCGCCCCCUCAGCGGAAGCCCCGCCCCCGGGCGGUCCCGACACUGGACGGGGGUCCCGGGAGCUCCGGGGGGCGACUGUGACCAAAUAAAACUCCCGAGACCCCAAAA